CUAUCCAUUGUAAAAGGUAGGGAACCAUGACAUCCGUAAGCCAGCUUGGCACGGGAGGCGGCUGUUGGUGCCAAGAUUUGGUGCCUGACCCACAGUUUCCCGUUUUUAAAGGUAUUAAUUGAUUCGCCGGGAGCAUCCUUUGGAAAAACAAGGAUUCAGACAGGCUGGCACAGGCUGGAGCUCCGCCAAGGCUGCUCGGGAAGGUUGCCAUGCUGGGAGCGAGCGAGCGAGAGAGCGAGAGAGCGAGCGAGCCGAGGGAAGGGGGGAAAAAAAAAAAGGGAAAAAAAAAAAAAAAGGCAAGACUUGGCACAGCUCAGUCAAAUCAGCUCCUUUUGUCUGAUUUCUCGGCUUGAGCUUCGGGAAAGAAAACCCGUCCUGGGGUAACAGGGGGAAAAAAAAAAACCCAACAAACAACUCCCAACUUUUUUUUUUUUUUUAAUUAUUUUUUAUAAUUUUCCUGGGUUUGCAAACUUCCAGCGCUUUUUUGGGCUCUUGGGAAGUGGUGGGACGUUAAGUGAUGUUCGACUUGCCAGUGAGCAGGGAAAUAAAAAGCUUCUCGUGGAGGCUCCACAAAUGUGAGUUCGGACAUUUGGGGAAUGUGAUAUUUUUGGUGGUUGUUUUUUAUUUUUUUUUUUAAUAUCUGAUGGAACUGGGAGGGAGCCGAGAAACUUGGAAGAUUUCAGAGGGGAAUGCUGAAAUAAAAGGGAGGAUUUUCAUUUCUUUUUUUUUUGGGCGACAACAAAAAAAAGUUUUCGUCGGCGUGAAGGUGCUUUCCAACCAACCCCGAGCGCCUUCGGAAUAUGCUCGGGACGGGAAUUCCGGCGUUUCUCUCCUGUAACGCCACAGAAACCAACUUUUAAUGGAACCUCCGUAAAGAUUUCAUCUGACCCAGCAAGGAAGUGAGAGUAGAGGGAAAGUUGGGACAUCUCAAUGGAAAAGUGAGUACGUUCUUAAAGCCACAAUGUCUGUUUUUGCUGCUUGGUGCUGCCCUGGCUCCGUGUCCUGGUUUUUAGGGACAAGCCUGGAGAGCAGCAGGACAAGGAGAAGAUAGCCAGGCUGUGCCUGAAGGGCAAAACCAGAAAGCAGAAUGUGGUUAUUCUACUGCUCUGAAACAUUCCCUCCAGUGCAGCUUCCUAGAAAGCAUCCGGAAUGGCUGAAUUUCCUACUUUUAGAGGCGAUAAGAGACGGGAAAAUCUUGGCUUCUGCCAAGUGAGGAGUGUUUGGAGGCGACAGAGCUGAUGGCACUGGAUACAGAAACUUCAGUUUGUAGUUCCAGGACCUGUUUGCUGCAAACAGUGAAAAAAAUCCUGCUCUUUUCCCAUGUGUGGAUUAAAAAAAAAAACACCCCGUGACGAGUGAACCGUGGACGUCUUGUGGUUCCAGUAAAAUUAAGGACCUAAAAAAUCCAUUGUCUGUUUUUCUCCAAGGAUUUUCAGGGAGCCAGGCUUGUGAUUCCUUAGGAGCAAAUAUGAUCAUGCUGCCUAUUAGGCCUGGAUGUGCUUGGAUUAUCCUGCUGCUGCUGUGACAAUCAGCAGGAUUAUUCCAGGGGGUAACUGGAAACCGGAGAUUUUUUCCGGAUCGGCUUCACUUGGAAUAAACAUCACGUCAAUGGAAACAGAAUGGUGGAACCUUUCCCAGAGGGAACACAGAUGGCUCUGUUUGCAUCAAUCAUUGCUGGAGAUGCAUCUGUUGUUCUGCAGGAUGAAGAGAUGUGUCCUUGUUCCUACAAUGGAGAAAAAGCCACUUUGGAGGGUAUGGGCUGUUUCUGGGGAGCUGAGAGGAAGUUCUGGAGGCAGAAGGGAGUUUACUCCACUCAAGUGGGUUACGCAGGAGGUCACACCCCAAACCCCACCUACAAGGAGGUCUGCUCAGGCAGGACUGGUCACACCGAGGCUGUUCGAGUGGUUUAUCAGCCAGAGAACAUCAGCUUUGAGCAACUGCUCAAGGUCUUCUGGGAGAAUCAUGACCCGACACAAGGGAUGAGACAAGGCAAUGACGUUGGCACUCAGUACCGCUCGGCCAUCUACACCUUCUCCCAGGAACAGAUGGAAGCUGCCCUGAGGUCUAAGGAAGAAUAUCAAAAGGUAUUGACGGAGGGAGGCUUUGGUGCCAUCACCACGGAAAUCCGGGAGGCUCCCGAGUUUUAUUACGCCGAGGAUUAUCACCAGCAGUACCUCAGCAAGAAUCCCGGCGGAUACUGCGGCCUCGGGGGGACGGGGAUUUCCUGCCCCGUCGGCCUCAAGAAGUAGCCUGUGCUUGCUCCACCACCUCCACUUUGGUUUAGGGAGUUUGGGAAAGGAGCAUGGACCGUGGUAGAUGCUCCAGCGCAUCCACACCAUCAGCGCGUCAAUAUUUUGGAAUCGCUUGGGGAAGGUUUUCCGUGAUCGGAGCAGCUUCGCGUUCAUCGGCAUUAAAGACCAAAGUAGAGGCAAAAAAUUUUAUUUAGGGAGGUUGGGAAAAGACCAUCGACCCUGGUAGAUGCUCCAGUGCAUCCACACCAUCAGAGCAUAAAGAUUUGGGAAUCUGUUGGGGAAGUUUUCUGUAAUUGGAGCAGCAUCUCCUUCGUCGAGAUUAAAAGCCAGAGCAGAGGCUGAAAUUGCUCCCGUUGGCCAACACGGCUUCUUGCUCUAGGGAGCUCACAGGGUCUCCUUGGAAUCUGGAGAGGUGGAAAGAGAUUCAAACUUCUCCAAGUUCGGCUCCAAGUGUUGUUAAAAGGAGGAAUUAGGAGGUGGUUGCAUCCCCAACUGCUUUUGCACAGCUCAUGCCUUCAGAAAUGUUGAUUUCCUUGGGUUGAUGAAUUUGCAGGUGUUUUGAGAGCUUUGACUUCUGGAGACAUGGUUGGGCUCUUUAACUAUCACCACUUUGUAAUUUGGUGUCUUUGGGAAUGAUGAGUUGAUAAAAUCAGUAAUUGUCCCACAACUCUGCUUUCUAGGAUCACCUCUAGUGCCUGUUUUCUGAAAUAAUCUUAGUAAGAGAAAGUCCAAAUUGUAAAGUGUUGCUUCUUGACAGUUCCAAAACAAAAAGAAAUCAGUUUUGUUUCCUGCACUGCAAUAAAUUACAGAAAAAGAGAAGAAAAA